AUGGCAUCCGUCUCGACACCCGAAGAUUUGUACGAGCUGCUACACCACGGCGAGCCACCCAAGGUACGUCGAAUGAGGUUCAUGCGCGAUCCAGGCACUUACCGGCGAUAGCGUUCUCGGUCAACUCGCGUGGGGGUUGCCAAGUUCCUAUGGAAUCAUCCCUUGAUCAUUACGACUUUGAUCACAGGAGCCAUAACAGCAGGCUCAUGCUUCGCCUUCACCUACUGGCUGAGCAAACAGUCCUUCCAGUGCCCUUCUUGGGCUCUUAGAUGCACAAUCUCGGACAAUGUUGGCCUGUUCGCCAGGCAUCUCAAUCAGGUCCAGGGCGUAGUAGGCGCGCUCUUCUCGGUCGCUACGGCAAUGAUGGCCUACGCUCUUUACCAGCUUGCCGAGACGACUCUGUGGCCUGCGCUGGCGAAGAACUCCUUCACGCUCAGCAACAUUGACUACUACCUGGCUACUACACGAGGCUCUUUGCCUUCAGCUCCAUUUGCUUUAGCGAAUGCACGUGAGCUGGGACAUGCCACCGUGCUGGUUCUUGUAACGCUCAUCGGCUUUCUCCAGCUCACCAACAGCGUCGUCGUCGGACAUGCGUACUCGCUUGCCAAUCUGACUACGACGUACUACAGCAACCAUAGCUCUGGAGGAGGUCUUGGCAUCCCCUUCAGCCAAAGUAAUCCUCCAGGGGUGCUAUCGGGAGCUGUCGGUGAGGCGGUCUCCACUUACAACUCCUGGGCGAACGAGCUCAGUGUCGAGCCGCUACCAGAGUAUCGCCAAUACUUGUUCGAUCGAGCGAACAUGUCAGGGAUAGGAAACUUUUCUGCCAAGGCCAUACGAGCGGACUUAUCUAUGAACUGCUCUGGAAGACCUAUCCAUAUCACGGAGACGCUGACAGACCGGUUCUACGUCAGCGUGAAUCAGCUGGGCUGGACUGAUGUCCUACUUCGGAUUCAACCCAAGCUUACUGUAUGGGUUGACCAAUAUAAGCGCAUGAGCAACACUUCUGCCAUCACGACUCUGAUGUUCUUGGCCAUGGACGGAAAUCUAGAAAAGGGGCAUGAGAACGGCCAAAGAUGGGGCUACGCAAACAUAUCAAGCCUGGCAUGUGAUGUGAAUGUUCAGCUCAAAGAUGAUAGGUAAGUGUGAGUAUCAUCAGGCUGACUACCGCAUGUUGAACAAGCUGACGUUAUUCGAGUAUUUGUACCUACACUGAUAUAGCUGACUGCAAAAGGCCUACAGCAGUUCUGUCGGAGCUGAGCACAUUGUCAGCCGCUGGAGCUCCGUACAGGGUUGCGGUGUACAUGGCUGCCGCUGUAUCUGUGUUCGGAGUCCCAGUGUACGGAGCGCAGCCAGUCUACAACGAUCCAUCGCAGUUGCAAUCAACCACGUCGACAAAUGGCUCGUCCGUUGGCCUACCUUUCGCGUGGACUACCGCAUGGAGUGGCGGUGCACCACAGCAAUAUCACUAUACCAUCGACGAACUCGACAACUUCGUGCGUGUGGGAGCGGGCGCUCUGGUACUUGUGAGCAUGCCAGUGAAUUGAUCUCCAAGCUAACAGUCGUUCUCAAGUCAAUCAACAUGAUGCGGCACUUCCCUGCCGGCAGCUCUAUCCUGGCAUCCACUCUUCCCAUGCAACGCCUCGAAUCCGCUCGCACUUGGAUCUUGCUCAUGCCGCCUGCUGUGAUCCUCGGUACUAUCCUCCUCGUCGGCAUUCUCAGUGCUUCCAUGUACAAGGCAUCUCACAUACCCAAUGUUCGCCUUGGUACUACGAGCGAAGUUGUCAUCAGCUCGCAGACGAAGGAUAUCAAUUCUAUUGUACGGGAGGCCAGAACGGCGUCUUCAUCUACUACUCUGUUCUCAAGGCUGAGGGUGCGGUAUGGUGUUGUUGCAGAAGGCUUUGAUGGCUUGGCUCGGAAAGAGAGCGUCACAGCGUUUAGUGACCAUCGUUCAGAGGCUAUUUCAUAGAGCAGAAAGACAGACAGCAACCGAAUGCAGUGUUGAAAUCGUGGACCAUCUUUUCAUUGUGAUGUCGGAUCAAACUCCGACGCUUCGGCUCGGGACUCGGCAAGUGGGUCAUUGAUGAACCAUGCUCAGAAUUUCAGAUCACCACACUUUCAGUGCAGACGAUCUAGGUCUGUCGCUGGACACCACGCAACGGGAUGAUACGAAGACAAGCGCGCCAACGGCGCGACUACCUCUACCGACGUGCUCUCACUCUCAGAGACGCUGAGAUUGCCGAGAAGCGCGCGAAGCUGAAAUCCUCGCUAGCCUCUGGAAAACCACUCGACCCUAGCAUCGCCAACGACAAGCAGUUGCGGAAAGACUACAAAUACGACGAAUCGCGCGCCGACCGAACGAACGAAGAUGAACUGGACCUUGAUGAUGAAUACAGCUAUCUCACCGGCGUCGUGGAUCCGCGUGUCCUCGUCACGACCUCCCGCGAUCCAAGUACAAGACUAUCAGCCUUUGCGAAAGAGAUCCGCCUACUGCUUCCCACGAGUAUCCGACUGAAUCGCGGCAAUCUCAUCCUUCCAAAUCUGGUCGGAAGCGCCAAAUCCAGUGGGCUAUCAGACCUCAUCCUCCUCCACGAACAUCGAGGCACACCGACCGCCAUGACAAUCUCCCAUUUCCCACACGGACCCACAGCCUCUUUCAGUCUCCACAACGUUGUUCUCCGCCACGACAUCCCCAACGCCUCCCGCGGCACCGUAAGCGAGAGCUACCCCCAUCUCAUCUUCGAAGGCUUCACCACCCCGCUCGGGAAGCGCGUAGUCAAGAUCCUCCAACACCUCUUCCCACCCCGCGAAGCCGGCACGAAGCUGGGCUCCAGAGUCGUCACGUUCAAGAACAUCGAAGAUAGCGUUGAAGUGCGACACCAUGUGUUUGUCAAGACGGGCUAUCAGAGUGUGGAAUUGGCAGAGGUGGGACCGAGGAUGACGAUGCGGUUAUUCGAGAUUCGACAGGGUACGGCGGAGAAUAAGGAUGGGGAUGUGGAAUGGCAUAUGAACCAGUAUACAAGGACGAGUAAGAAGAAGGAUUACUUGUGA